AUGAAAAAGUACGGACAAUGUCCUCAGGAACUGGUCGACCUCCUCAGUAAAAAAGUCAAAAAGAACGACAGUAACAACUACAAUGAGUCAGAUUAUGAGGAUCGAUCUCCGAAUCCAAUAACUCCUGACAACCAAGUGUUCUAUCCAGAGUCGCCGGAAAGUGUCCGUUCCAAUGACAACUCGCCAAGAACGUCUGGAAUCAGUCGAUUCAGAAGAAUAAAACUUGCCCAGAAGACAACUCGUGGCCGGUGGAAAAGGGAUCAUCAUCACGAUUUUCGCCUCUAUUACCUCAUGGUGAUGGACAGUCUGAUCACGCACAUCCCAAAGAAUCGCGAGCCGCUCAAAGAGAUCAAACGCGUCUCCGACGUUGUGCCCUUGGCCAACUCAAAAGUCCUCCAUAAAAACACGGCGAAAUCAGUGAUGACAGUCAUUCCCCUGAAAUUGAAGAUUCCCACAGUGAGCGGAGAGAGUGUUCAGAAAAAUCAGCAGCCAGCGAUGGUGAUGGAGAAUCCUGUCAUUCGCUUGCCACAAGAGUUUAAUCAAGAUGUUAAUUUCAGAGAACGACGAUUUUCGGAAGAGUCUAUUCCUUCUACUGUCGAUUCGUCGGUUUACAGGACGCCCAGGGGCGAGAGCCCGCAAUCAUUUCACGAAUCAGCUGAACACCCGUUUCAGUCGUAUCUUGGCAGAAUGACUUCAGAUUUAGAGGGAGAAGACAUAGAGGUCAAAAUUUCAAAAUGUCUGGAUAUCGUCAAAGAAGCCAUCGUUAGUAGCGUUAGAGAAGAAAUCGAACGAACAAGACUUGCGUAUGAACAGACCGCGAAUGAACUACAGUGUCUUCGAGAUGAAUAUCGUCUCUGCAAAUCUCUACUCACCGAAUCCCAAUUGCACCAAUUCCAAAGUCAGCUUCAACUUUUGAAUGAAAGAAGAAAAAGACAAAUUGAUCAGUCGACGGCAAUUACACCAAUGGACGAUGGCAGAAAUCACUUUUACGAUAACUGCUGA